GUAGGUCGCUAAGGUUGGUAAAGCAGGUAAAGUGGGUAACCGGGUAAAGUUGCCACCCUAGUUAGACUUCAGUCGGAGCAACUGCCAAGUAGAGAAGAAGGAAGAAGAGGAGAUCCAUGGCAUCGGCGGCAGGUUCGACCGCAGCCGUCCCCUUUUGGAGGGCAGCGGGCAUGACUUAUAUCAGCUACUCCAACAUCUGCGCGUCUCUGGUUCGUAAUUGCCUCAAGGAGCCUUACAGGAGCGAGGCUUUAAAUCGCGAGAAAGUUCACUUCGCCGUUUCUAAGUGGACUGACGGCAAACCUCUCAAACCCACAAUUCGCUCGGAUACGCCUGAAGAGUGAUAGGAGGGGAGUGGCUCUCUUGUCAUAGAGGCAGUGGAAUAAUGCCUUGCUGUUCUCUUGGAGUGGUAGUUUUACUUUACUUUCUACGAACUUGAAAGACAUCACCCAUAUUGGGUUUGGAAGGACAAUGCACUUGCAAUAAGAUAAUUUCUGUUGGUCGUGCUUUUGAAUACAAUUUGCUUUUAUUACUUUGCCAA